UCAAAGGAGGAUGCUAUCGUACGCAGGGUAGGUAAACGUACGCCGUCGUUUAAGUCCCCCAAUCCUCGUAGGGUCUUUUAAACCUAGUUCCUCUUCACCGUAAUCGCUAUCGCUCUCUUUCGCCGUCUCUCUCUCUCUCUCGUAUUUGCAACUCCGAAACGAACCUGCCAUGGCUAACUCCUCCGCUGAUUCCGCCGCAGACCACCGCAGCAAGCACCUCUCCAUCAAUCCACCUCACCAGAUCUUCAAAGAUGUCCAGGGCUCUGACAAUCCUAUUCCUCUUUCACCUCAGUGGCUUCUCUCCAAAUCAGGGAAGAGCAAGACUGGAAUGGGGACUGUGGAAGCUCAGUGCCUCCAUAAUCCCUCUGGAAAUGGGGAGGAGACACCGGAUAAUCCGAAGAAGAAGGAUGUCUUCCGGCCUUCCUUACUUACUGCUGAAACUGGCCGUCGUGAGGGUUGGCGUGAUGAGGAAAGGGAUACCUUUUCCGCUACCCGGAAUGAUCGCUGGCGGAAUGGUGACAAAGACUUUGGUGAUAUCAAGAAGGUUGACCGGCGGGAUAAUGUGGGCUCUAGACAGUUUGGGGAGCCUCGCCGGUGGACUGAUUCAGGAAACAAGGAUGCUGGGACAGAGCAGCGCCGUGGUCCGAGUGAUCGGUGGACUGAUUCAGGUAACAAGGAUGCUGGGACUGAGCAGCGGCGUGAAAGCAAGUGGAACUCUCGCUGGGGACCUGAUGACAAGGAAGCUGAGAACGCUCGUAACAAGUGGGAUGAAGCUGGCAAAGAUGGUGAGAUCAUUCGUGAGAAGGGUCCGUCUCUUCCUUCUAGUGAUGGAGAUCAUUACCGACCCUGGAGACCCUCUCAAGGUCGAGGAAGAGGAGAAUCUCUUCAUAGCCAGUCAACACCAAACAAGCAGGGUACAGGCUUUUCUCACAGCAGGGGGCGUGGAGAAAACACUGCUAUCUUUUCAGCUGGGCGUGGAAGGAUGAGUUCUGGUGGAAGCCUUUUUACUAGCGCAACAAACCAGUCUCACCCUCCUGGAUCUGCCUCUGAGAAAGGGGAAAGUGGUACUGGAGAGCCUUACCAUCUGAGAUAUAGCAGAAUGAAACUGUUGGAUGUGUACAGGAUGGCAGAUACUGUGUGUUUUGAGAAGUUUCCAGAUGGGUUCAUCGAGGUGCCUUCCCUUACUUGCGAGCAGCCGUCGGAUCCUCUGGCUAUUUGCGCUCCAAGUUCUGAGGAAGUGAAUAUUCUGGAUGGGAUUGAGAAAGGAAAAAUAGUGAGCAGUGGUGCCCCUCAGAUAUCCAAGGAUGGCCCUAGUGGACGAAAUCCAGCCGAGUUUUCUCAACCUAGGCGACUCAAGCCUGCUGGAAGCAGGGAAGAUAUGACAUCCGCUACUGACGUAUCUAAAGAAGAAAUUGGAGAAACAAGGAACUAUCCAGAUGAUAAGUUUAGGCCUGAAGCUUCUCAUGAAGGUUAUGCUCCUUUUAGGAAAGGCAAUGAGGUGCAGGGAAACAAUCAUGUCCAGUCGCCACGGCGUCAGCCUGGAGAAAGAUCGAGUAGGAUCUCACAUGAUUGGAAUGACCCUUCAGCUGAUAACAAGCUGAAAUCUUCUGACACUGUCUGGUCACACCCUAAAGAUUCAAUAAACCAUUCAGGAAGCAAUGUGAUUAGCUUGCCACAGUCCAAAGGGGAAUCAAGAUGGCAAAUCGGUGAAGAUCCUGCACUAAGAAGGCAGCCAUCUUUGGUGUUUGACAGGGAGCGAGAAGUUAGAAAGCCUAUGCCAUCUUCGCCUGAAGAACUUUCACUCUUUUAUAAAGAUCCUCAGGGUCUAAUUCAAGGCCCUUUUUCUGGAAGUGAUAUUAUUGGAUGGUUUGAGGCUGGAUAUUUUGGCAUAGAUUUGCUAGUUCGUCCUGCUAGUGCACCGAUCGAUUCUCCUUUUUCAUUACUUGGUGAUGUAAUGCCACAUUUGCGGGCUAAGUCGGGACCACCACCUGGUUUUUCCGAUGCCAAGCCAAGCCAGACUACUGAUGCAGCCGGUUCACCGGCAUUCCCUGGUGUGGGGACAGUUCAUGCUGGGAUGGGGGAGACUGAUAUGUUGCAAAAUGAUAUGAGGUAUAAGCAAGUUGGAGGUACGGUAGCGGAAAAUCGGUUUAUUGAAUCGUUGAUGUCUGGCAGUUUGAACAAUCCAUCUCAAGGUGUUCAAGGAUAUGCAGUAAAUAGUUCUGGUGGGUUGUCUUUACCAGUUACUGAUGGUGGGGCUGACAUGUAUCUCUUGGCCAAGAAAUUGGAACUUGAACGGCAGAGAUCAGUAGCUGGUCCGUUUUCAUAUUGGCCUGGUCCGGAAUCUGCAAACCUGAUGCUAAGAUCCGAGAAUGUGCCAGAAGUUGCUCAACAGCCUGCCCGUUCUCCCAGUACUGAUUUGUUGUCCAUCCUCCAAGGUGCAAAGGAUAGGUCUGCUCCUUCUGUUAGUGGUCCUAUUCCUGCUUGGUCGCAUCCCAAUCAAAAGGAUGAUUUGCACCAUGCGAAAAGUUUCCAAACUCAGACUUCCUUUGGGGUCCAACAGCAAAGGCAGCUAGAGCAGAACUCACCUUUGGCAGGUUUACUUGGUCAACCUAUUGGAAAUAAUCCAGCUGGCAUGUUACCCCCUGAUAUGAUGCUCGUCCCUGGACUCUCCCAAGAACAGCAAUCGCUCAAUCUGUUGCAGCAGCAACAGCUUUUGUUGCAAAUGAAUGCUCAGACACCCCUUUCUUCACAGCAACAGCGUCUAUUGAUUGAAAAGAUGCUUUUGCUUAAGCACCAACAAAAACGAGAAGAGCAGCAGCAGUUGUUACGACAGCAACAGCAGCUGUUUUCCCAGGUUCUUGCUGACCAGCAGCAUCCUCAACAACGGUUUGGAGAGCCAUCUUAUGGACAGUUGCAGCAAUCUUUUGAUGCUCUUAGGCUGCAAGAAUCAAAGGACGUGACACAGGUCAAUCAGCAGAUGCAGCUUCCGGUUUCCCAUGAGGCCCGAGGUGCCAACUUAACUGAUUUUGUCUCUGUAAAUCAAGCCACUAGUCAGAAUGUUGCAACUGUCGGAACCCAUCAUCUGAACCUUCAACACCAGCUGUUUGGUAAUGUUGACCCUAGGAUGAGUGAGGGGGGAGUUCCUACAGAUCAGAUCGAUGGCACCCAUAAAAAAGAUUUACAGUCCGACUAUGAAAGAUCAAUUCCUGCGGAUUACAUGAACAGCUUGUACUCAGAAAAACCUGUUCUCUUACCUGCGAGCUUUCCAAACAAUGAAAGCGCCACACCUGAAACAAGUGACAGUAAGUCACUGGAGAAUCAGACGAAAGAUGUGUUUGCUGGACAGGGAGAGACAAGUAAUGAGUUAAACGUGGAGAUUCCUCCAACUGAAGUUAAAAGCAAUGAAGUUUCUGGAGGACGGAAGACUUCUGAAAAGAAGUCCAAGAAGCAACGGGGGAACAAGCAUUCUGCUGAGCCGGUUAAGGCAGCUUCUAAGUCUUCUCUGCAGGAGGCAAAGCAACGUGAAACAGGAAUUGCUGAUGAUUCUGAGAUAAAGGGUAAAAAUAUGAAUCCAGCUGACAUUUUGAUAGACAAUGAUGUACUAAUGAGUUCUGAAGCUAUUUCAGUCAGGGGAGAAUCUGGUGUGAAUGAGUCGUCACUGCAAAACACACGAACGCAACCCGGACGUGCUUGGAAGCCUGCCCCUGGCUUUAAACCAAAGUCACUGCUAGAAAUUCAAAUGGAAGAACAGAGGGUAGCACAAGCAGAAGCUUUAGCUCCAAAGGUUUCUACUUCCUCGGGUUCAGUGGGUGGUUUGGCUUCUCCUUGGGGUGGAAUUGUUGCCAAUUCAGAUCCUAUCAACCUAAGAGAGACACUCGGAGAGUCAGUCACUACUCAAGCAGGUGCUGUAAAGCCUGAAAGUGUUCCUGCUCUUAAGGGUAAGCAAAGCCACUUGCGUGACUUGUUGGCUGAUGAUGUUGUGGCCAAAUCUGUUGUCAAAGAGAGGGAUGUAGUGGGAAGCAGUUCUAACGACACAUAUACGCAAAUCACAUCCACUAAUGCAGAGUCUUUAGACGAUGAUAACUUUAUUGAUGCCAAGGAAACAAAGAAGAGCCGUAAGAAGUCUGCAAGGGCAAAGAACUCUGCAGCAAAAACAGCUGCACAUGUUCCUGCUGUAGUAGAUACAUCCCUCUCAACAAGUUCCAUUGAGAAGGGGAAAAAUGCUCGCAUUGCGCAGCAGCAGCUUAAGGAAGAUUUGCCUGCUAUUCCUUCUGGGCCUUCUUUGGGAGAUUUUGUUCUCUGGAAAGAAGAGCCUGUGAACAAUCCUUCACCAGCUGCUGCUUGGUCGACUGGUCCAAAGAAAUCCACAAAACCUAGCUCACUUAGGGACAUCGUGAGGGAGCAGAAGAAGAUGACGACCUCAUCACAUCCGCCUCCUAGUCCAGUACCUACCACCCAGAAACCUACUCCACCACAAGCUGUGCCUCAAUCUUCCUGGUCGCGCUCCCCUUCACAGGCUGUUUCUCAAUCUUCCCUGCAGUCAAAAUCCAAGGGAGAUGAUGACCUUUUCUGGGGUCCAGUUGAGCAAACAACCCAGGAAUCAAAACAGGGAGACUUUCCUCAACUUUCAAGUCAAAACAGUUGGGGAACCAAAACCACACCUGGGAAAGGAAGUGCAGGAAGCUCGCUGAAUCGACAGAAAUCAGUUUCAGCGUCUUCACCUGCGUCCCAUAAAGGGAAAAAGGAGGAAGUGACAAAACUCACAGAGGCGAAUGGCUUCAGAGAUUGGUGCAGAAGCGAAUGUCUCAGACUUCUUGGUUCAGAAGAUACAAGUGUGUUGGAGUUUUGUCUGAAGCUAUCCCGAUCAGAAGCAGAAACCCUUCUGAUAGAAAAUCUAGGGACGGUUGAUAGAGACCACAAGUUCAUCGACAAGUUCCUCAACUACAAAGACCUGCUACCAUCAGAAGUAGUGGAGAUUGCAUUUCAAUCAAAGGGGUCGUCGUCGUCUGUAGUGAAGAGCCGAAACAACAAGGCGGCGGAAGAAGAGGAGUAUUACAAAGCCCCCUCGGCAAAUGAAGGGUUUUCUAAAGUGGGAGGAGGAAAGAAAAAGGGGAAGAAAGGGAAGAAGGUAAGCUUAAGCUCAUCAGUUCUGGGAUUUAACGUGGUUAGUAACAGGAUCAUGAUGGGUGAGAUUCAGUCCAUUGAGGAUUAAAGAGGGGAGGAUGAAGUUGGUUUUUGUCUCGGGUUCUCCAUGGUUCUGAUGAGUAAUGUGCUCUACUUUAUUUCAGAGAUUUUGGCACAAUACAGACGCAACCUUGAUGACUAAUGUGUUCCCUGAAGUAAACUGAAAACUCUGUUUUUUUCUUUUGUUGUCUCUCACUUUCUGAGUUCCUCUGUAGUGAUAAAAUGUUUUUGAAGAACAGUUUUAAAUUAUGUAUUAGAUACUCAAUCCAAUAGGAAGUUUCGUUCAUUUGAUUUCA